AUGUACCUGCAAAAUGCAUAUACGGUGCUGGUUCUGGCGCUCCUGUGCGCCCCGUUGCAAGCCAACGUCUUCAACCUGACGCUCUCCGUCCCGGAGGGGCUCCCGCCACACACCGUGGUUGGCGACCUGGCGACCAGUCUGAGCCGGCCGACUCUCGGCUUCUUCAUCUCAGAGAGCCGCGACUCGCACGUCUACCGUGACCUGGAGAUAGACCCCGACACCGGUAUCAUCUCCACAGCGACGGUUCUCGAUCGGGAGACCCGCGGGAGCUACGACUUUGUGGCAGCCACCCUGGCGGGGGAGGUGGUCAGAGUGCGCAUAAACGUGGAGGAUGUCAACGACAAUUCGCCGGCGUUCCCCUCGGAAGACAUGGACCUAAGAGUAUCCGAGUUGAGCCCGCCCGGGAGCCGCUUCCGAAUAGAAGGAGCGCUGGACCAUGAUGAGGGGGAGUUUGGCAUCCAGGGAUACCGGAUCCGAGAGGCCCACAUGGGGGAGCUCUUCGGGGUGGAGCAGCACAGUGCCAGAAAUCACCUGAGCCUGGAUCUGAUUUUGACUAAGAAAUUGGACAGAGAAGUUCAGGACUUUUACACUCUAACCGUGGAGGCCUUCGACGGCGGCAUCCCCGCCCGAAUCGGGAUUCUACAGGUCAACAUCUGGGUCCUGGAUGAGAAUGACAACCCGCCUGUGUUUAACCGGACCGAGUACCAAACAUCCAUUGUGGAAAAUGCUCCAGUCGGGUCUUCCGUAUGCCAAGUUCAUGCCACGGACAGGGACCGUGGCGACAACGCCAAGGUCAGCUACGAGAUCAACCGGCGACAAAGCAACCCCGACGAUCUCUUCUCUGUUGAGGUGACCACCGGUAUGGUUUUCCUCAACAAGCCACUGGAUUUUGAAGCACAGGCUUUCCACGAGUUGAUCAUCACCGCCAGAGACAACGGAGCACAACCGGAGUCCAGCAGCACCCUGGUGGUUGUGAAAGUCCUGAACGUCAACGACAACAGCCCCGCUAUUAGCGUGCUAUUCCUAAGUGAGACUGGGGAUGCGGUGGUCUCCGAGGCCGCUGAGAUCGGAGACUAUGUGGCUCGGAUUUCCGUGUCGGACCCGGAUGGCCAAAAGGAGACCCUGUCAGUCCACCUCGAAGGCGGUGAUGGCAAGUUCAACCUAAAGCAAACAGAUGACUUCCUUUAUGCAUUGUGUGUCUGCGCCCAACUCGACCGGGAAGAGAAGGAUUUUUACAAGUUGAGGGUCCUAGCGUCGGAUCUCGGGAGCCCCCCUUUGAGCAGCGAGGCGGUUCUUCUCGUGAAGCUGUCCGACGCCAACGAUUUUGCCCCAGUCUUUGAGAAGGACAUGUUUGUUAUCCACAUCCCUGAGGAUGCCCCGAAAGGGACUUCAGUCAUCCAGAUGGAGGCCCAGGACUUGGACCAGGGAGUCAACGCUGAUAUCACCUACUCAGUCCUCAAGUCCAACUGGGACUGUCUGGUCAGUGUUGAUGCAGAAUCCGGCCUGGUCGUCACAACCGGAGACCUGGACCGGGAGCGGCAGGCUGAGGUGUGUUUGUUCUUGGUGGUGGCGGAAGACCGAGGGGAACCGGUCAGGUCGACCACCGCCACCGUCACCCUGGUGAUGGAUGACGUCAAUGACAAUGAGCCGGUGUUCCAGAAGAAACUCUACAAUGGCAACGUGACAGAACACAGCACCCCUGGAACCUGUUUUUUACAAGUUGUGGCCAAUGACGCAGAUGGUCCAGAAUUUAGUGGUUUAGUUUACUCCCUGCCGGAUAAUUUUGACGGGUCAGACCAGGACCAGAACCUGUUCUACAUCAACUCUCAGACUGGAGAGCUCUGCGUCUAUCGGGACAUCGAUAGAGACGCUGGACAGACUGACCACGACAUCCUGGUCAGGGCAGAGGAUCCGGGAGGCCUCAGCGCCCACGCAAACGUGCACAUUGAGAUCCAAGACCUCAACGACAACCCGCCGGUAUUCAACCCCGAGCGAUACGCCACAACCAUCGGCAGUCACGCCCCGCCCGGCACGGAGCUCCUCGGAGUGGUCGCCGCCGAUGCCGACGCGGGUCGCUUCGGCUCCGUCACCUACCACAUCCUGCCCGCCGACCGGUCUGCUCUGUUUGCCCUCGAUCAACAAACAGGACUGCUCUCCCUCACGUCCUCUUUGACCCACCUUGGUGGCGGCAGCGUCAAGCUGGGCAUCGCCGCGCGGGACGGCGGGGGCGUGUCGUCGCCCCGACCGGCCCAGGUGACCGUUCACGUCUUGGCGAGCACCCGCGCUCCGCCCGUGUUCCAGACGGCACGUUACGCCUUCACCGUGCCUGAGGACGCCCCACCGGGCACCAGGGUGGGCAUCGUGCGUGCCACAAACCCAUCGGAUUCAGCGGCAUCCGUUUCCUACCGCAUCUCGUCCGGUGACCCACGGGGUCUGUUCUCCGUGGACGGCAAGUCGGGCCUGAUCAGCACAGUGGAUCCUCUGGACCACGAGACCCGACCGUACGCCCUGCUCUUCCUCCAGGCCUACACCCAGUCCUCCACGGUGUAUGGGGAGACACGGGUCAACGUCACCGUGGCCGACGUCAACGACGUGGCGCCCGUCUUCCACAAAGUCCGGGACGCCGUCUUUGUGUCAGAAAACACCAGGCCGGGGACCACGGUCUACAGGGCACACGCCCACGACGAUGAUAGUGGUGCCAACGGGGCGGUGACCUAUAACUUCAGAGGUAGUCGCUACGGUGGGGUCUUCCUGAUGGAUGCAAACCUCGGAACGGUGACGCUGAACCAAAGCCUGAUGGCAGACCCUCGGGAGAGACCGAUUCUAUUGGAAAUUAUGGCCGAAGACGGUGGCGAUCCCCCACAAAACGCUACCAUGACACUCGCUGUGAACGUGGACCAUGCCUCGCUGAGUGACAGCCUGGCCUUUGAGACACUGGUCUACCAGGUGGAGAUAGGAGAGGCCCACCGCAGGGAAUCUAGGAUGAUCCAGGUCAGGGCGCACCACGUCCGCAGGGCCUCCUCCAAUAAUGCAGGCCUGGUUUACUCCCUGGAAGAACCGGGCUUCCGUCGGGUUCCGUUUCGGAUCCAUCCCAGAACCGGUUGGUUGUUCCUCUCUGACAAUUUGGACUACGAGCAGGAAUCGGCCUAUCGCUUCAGAGUGGUCGCUACAGCGGGCGAGGCCAACACUACAGCGGCGGUGGUGGUUCUGGUGCGGGACGUCAAUGAUAACUCGCCGGUUUUCAGCAGUGCCACAUACUACUUUGUCCUGCCAGAGGGGCCGUCGCCACAGGGUCUGGUGGGACAGGUCACAGCCACUGACCAGGACUCUGGGGAAAACGCACAGCUGUCGUACAUCCUGCUCUCGGACGGGAAGUUCUUCCGUAUCAAUGCCGAAACGGGGGAGAUUGUCAACUGGGUGGAGUUGGAUAGGGAACAGAACAGCCAGCACACCUUGGAGGUAAUGGUUGCAGACCAGGGCAACCCACGACGCAACGCCACCGCCAGCAUCCACAUCCUGGUCACUGACGUUAACGACAACGUGCCACAGUUCAAGCACCUGUCAGCUAGCAAGGAGCGCAAUUUCCAGAUAUCUUCCGCAUUACCAACAGGCGCCUUUGUGACAAAUGUUUUUGCCAAAGAUUUGGAUGUGGCAGAAAAUGGAACAGUUACUUUCACAUUGCUGACCGUCGGCGCAGAAGGUCAACGUUUGAGACAUUUCGAGAUCGACGGAAAGAGCGGCGACAUCAGGACGACGUCGCUCUUCAAGCGGAACGCGGAAACAACUUAUAUCCUCAAAGUGACGGCCAGGGACGGCGGAUCGCCGCCACUGGAGAAUACUGCACUCGUUCACCUGCAGGUGUAUGGGUCCGAGGCCCAGUCCGGACAAAGCUCUGCUCCAGUUGAGAGACAUUUGUGGGUCAGAGAGGAUGCUCCUCUGGCCACCGUGAUUGGUUCUGUUAGCAUUGUGUCUCCUGGAAAGAAAGUGGGCUACUCCAUCAUGGAAGACGAUGGAGACUGCCACUUUGGUGUCAACUCCCAGUCGGGAGACAUCUACAUCUACCGCGCUCUGGACUACGAGGACGCUGCCCAAUACUCGCUCACUGCGCUCGCCGAGGACGACGCCGGUGGAAACAUAACAAUGAGGGUAUUUGUGACUGUAGAGGACGUGAACGACCACCCACCGUGGUUCCCUGACAAAAUUGUAGUGUUCGCAUUGAGGGAGGACGCCGCCCUCGGAACCCAGGCCUUUGCUUUUGAUGCCAGAGACGGGGAUGGGACAUAUCCCAACAGCGCCCUGCGGUACUCCAUCACCUCACCCCCGGGCUUGCCCUUCCACAUUAACCCUCGGAGUGGUAGAUUGACUGUAGCUGCCACCCUGGACCGGGAGGCGAACCCCACCUACACCUUCGACGUAACUGCCAGCGACCAAGCCGAGAAGCGGGUAGAGCGCAGGCACGUGUCGAUGACGGCGAGGGUCGUUCUACUGGAUGUCAACGAUAAUCGUCCUGCAUUUGAGUCGCCGGGUGUGGUGCAGCUGGCAGAAGACGCAGCAGAAGGGAGUCCGGUCCACCGUUUUGUGGCAGCGGAUCCGGACGAGCGGGAAAACGGGACGGUGUCCUAUGUCAUCCUGGCAGGAAACCAGAGAGGGUUAUUCACUCUGGAGGAGAAAACAGGACUCUUGUCGCUCUCGGGACGGCUGGAUUUCGAGACGGCGCGUUUCCACCGGCUGAGCGUGGGCGCGGUAGACUCCGGCCUCCCUCCGCUUUCAUCCAGCCAGACGCUGACGGUAGAGGUGAUCGAUGUCAACGACUGUUCACCUGCCUUCAGUCGGGACAUCUACGCCGCCGGCGUGGCAGAGAACAGGCAGCCCGGGGAGUUGGUGGUCCAAGUGUCCACCACCGAUGAGGAUUCAGAGGAGAACGCUGUGGUGUGGUACAGUCUGUUACCGGGUCCUGGCUCCGAGCUCUUCAGCAUUAACCCUUCCACCGGCCUGAUCACCACAUCAGCUUUCCUGGACCGAGAGCAGCAGCCGCAGUUUACCCUGCGAGUCCAGGCCCGUGACAGCGGCCCGCGGCCCCUUUCGAGCACGGCCACGGUGUUGUGUUCAGUGCUGGACGAUAACGACAACCCGCCGGGCUUCUCGCAGUCGUCCUUCCAGAUCAGUCUUUCGGAGAACCUGCCACCCGGCGUCGUGCACACCGCCCAGGCUUUCGACCCAGAUGUUGGCGAGAACGCCACUAUUCGCUACUCCAUCCUAGGCGAGGACUACGGUGUUUUCGCGAUCAGCGGCCAUUCAGGGGCCAUCAAAACCCUUCAGAUUCUGAACCGUGAGGGCCAUCAGAACUACCUGCUGACCAUUCAAGCCCACGAUGGCGGCCCUGCGCAGCUCAGCUCCACCACUCAGCUACAAGUGCUUCUCCUGGACCAGAACGACAAUGCCCCAGCCUUCACCCAAGACAGCUACAAUGCCUCCAUCAGUGAGGAUCUACCAGCCGGAGCAGUGGUCCUUAGCGUCACCGCCCUGGACCCUGACCAUGGGCCCAACGGGGAAGUUACAUACUCGCUGAUGGACGAUGACAGCCGUGGCACCUUUUUUGUUGAUUCCUCCACCGGUGCCAUCCGCACUACCAGGAACCUGGACCGGGAAACCAAGGCCCAGUUCUUCCUCAAGGUGCUAGCGACAGACUGCGGAACUGAAGGCCCAUUGAGCUCAGUGGCUUCCGUGAGUGUCCAUGUAGACGACGUCAACGACAACGCUCCUGUGUGCGAGAGUAGUCCCGUCACUGCAAUUGUCUCCACUGAGACGCUUCCGAAUGGAGUGUUUGCCACAGUGAAGGCGAGAGACGCCGACCGGGGCCCCAAUGGGACUAUACGCUUUUUCCUGCCUGACAACAACGACAACCUCUUUGACAUCAACGAAGAGACAGGGGAAAUCUCAGUGAGGCGGCGGGUGAGAUCAGGAUUCUCCGGCAGGAAGCUUCGGGUGGCGGUGUCCGAUCUGGGAAAUCCCGCACAGACUUCCAGCUGCCUGGUGUUUGUUCACCUCAAAGGGGAAAUCGAACGCUUGAAGUUCACGCACGAGGUCUACAACGCCACCAUCCCAGAAAACAGCAAGGCGGGAACUCGGAUUGCGACGGUUGAUGCCCGCGGACAAUUAGAUCCCCAAUUUGAAAGAAUCUCAUAUUCCAUAUUCUCCAGGGACGACAGUGGCAUAUUUUCCAUUGAACCUCACACAGGCGAGAUUCAAGUAGAAAAGGACAACGCGUUGGACUUUGAGACGAGCCCCCGAGUGAAGCUCAUGGUCCUGGCGGAGAAUGGGCGGCAGACGGCCCACUGCAGGGUGGACGUCACCCUGCGGGACGAAAACGAUAAUGCCCCGGUCUUUGAACGUGAUGCCUACCGGACCGCAGUGUGGGAGGGUCAAGUCAGCAACACGUACGUCAUGCAGGUUUUCGCCUUCGAUGCUGACAGCGGGACAAACGGCCAAAUCGAGUUUUCCAUCAUCUCUGGAAACCAUAACGGGGAUUUCAUCCUGGAGUCGGUUCAUGGGAUCCUCGCCACCAACGCGAUGCUGGAUCGUGAGAUCGCGUCUUCGUACAAGCUGGUGGUGCAGGCGUCAGACAAGGGGAACCCUCCACUCAGCAGCACCGCUAUCAUCUGGCUCCAAGUGGUGGAUGUCAAUGACAACAAUCCCACCAUCCCCCCCAUGGAGUCUGUGCUCAUAUCCGAGAAUCUACCUGCGGGGUACAUGGUGACACAGUUGACGGCAAAUGACGUGGACCUAAGCCCGGCCAUCACCUACAGCUUUGCGGGGAAUGCUGCUGUCGAAGGUGCCUUCUCUGUGGACCGUUACACAGGGGUGGUCACGCUGACCCGAGCUUUGGAUUUUGAGGAAGAGGCCGAGUUUACGCUGACCGUCUGGGCAUCGGACUCUCUCCACCAGACCUCUGGAGAGUUGAAAGUCCAGGUCUUGGAUGUCAAUGACAACAGCCCAGUCUUCAACCAGGUCUCAUACCAGGUGGAGCUGUCCGAACUCGCUCAGGCCGAUACAUUUGUCUUGAAUGUGUCCGCCGCGGACAAAGACUCUGGACUCAACGGCAAGAUCACCUACAGGCUGCUCUCAUCUGCUUUGCAAGGUUUUUACGUCCAAGCGCACACUGGAUCAAUUUACACCAAUAAACCCAUCAAGGCCACCGCCAGCAACAACCACAUACGUCUAAUCAUCGAAGCCCAAGAUGGAGGAGAACCUGUUCUCUCUACCGUUACCUCAAUCGAUGUGGUAAUCCUGGACACCAACGACCACACACCACUCUUCAGCCAGGACGUCUACACUGUAACCGUCUCCGAGGAUGCGCCCUUCGCCACCACGCUCUUGACCCUUUUUGCAUCCGACCAAGACUGGAGCCCUGAAAACACACAUCUGGACUAUGCCCUCGUGGCAGGAAAUGAGGAGAAGCGUUUUUGUUUGGAAGUCAAACCAACACGGGUGGAGAAUCAGAUGAAAAAUGUCGGCCAGCUGGUCAUAUGUGGCUCGCUGGACCGCGAGACCGUAGAGAGUUAUGCGCUCACAAUGAGUGUUUCUGAUCGAGGGGUGCCACGACUAAACAGCUCAGCCGUCGUCGUGGUGACUGUCUUGGAUUGUAAUGACAACGCACCAUUUUUUGCGAGUAAAGAGUAUCACAUAGAAGUCAGUGAAAACAGCCACGUGGGUACCAGUCUGGCUCAGGUCAAUGCGAGUGAUCCCGAUUUGGGAGUCAACGGUCUGCUGCACUAUGACAUCAUCUCUGGGAACAGAGGAGGACACCUCAAGUUGGACCCUGAGUCUGGACUUCUGGUGGUCAACACCUCCUUGGAUUAUGAGGAAGACUCCGAAUACACCCUCACCAUCCGAGUGUCUGAUAGCAGCGACUCUCCGGGUGAUCGGAAAGAGGCAUUCACCAUGGUAUUCGUCACGGUUUUGGACGAGAAUGACAACAGUCCCUACUUCCUGUUCCCCAAGUUUAACUGCUCUGUGCUGGAGAACCUCCCAGCGCUCACCCAUGUCUGCUCCAUCCGGGGUGUCGACAAAGACAUGGGUAUCUAUGGACAACUGACCUACUCUGUACUGUCCUCCUGUUUCACAGAUUUUGAUGGGGUGCAGAGGACAGAGUCCCCCUUUGCCGUCGACCCCCACAGUGGUGACAUUCACACCAGGCAGGCGUUAGACUAUGAACAUGAGAGCAAAUACUGCUUGAUGGUGGAAGCCCGAGACAUUGGUGCGAAGGUGGCGACGGUCCAAGUGCACAUUUUCGUCAAGGGAGUGGAUGAGUACAGCCCCAUCUUUACCCAGAACCAGUACCGCUUCCUCCUGCCAGCAAAAAUCGAGCCGGGAAACACCGUCGGCUUUGUGAUGGCUCUUGACCAGGACAGAGGUGUGGACGGUGUAGUGGAGUACUCCCUCCUUGACCCGCCACCUUUCUUCUCUAUCAACAAAACACUUGGAGCCAUCUAUGCAUCGCCACCCCUGUUCCGCAGACGGAGCGACGAGGAUGCGCUAGAGCUGGCCGUGUCCGCCAGGAGUCCACGUCAGGGGUCCAGGACAACUUCUUGUCAGGUUUUUGUCAAAGUGUCCAGCUCAGCCAAGGCACUUGUCAGGCUGCCUCUCAGCGACCACAUGCUUAGUCUGAGCAUCUCGUUUGCCAUAGUCCUGCUCUUCCUUGUUGUCUUUGUUGGGCUGGUGCUCAGAUUAAAACUCAAAGAGGCCACCUUCAAGAAGAGAAACACCACCCUUAAGCAACCAGACUGUGCCUUCUCUCUACAGCGCACGAAACCUGGCAAACUACAUUGUGCCAUUUCUCUGCAGGGCAUGAAACCUACAAUCUUAAUGAAAAACUGCGAUGCGUCCCAUUGCCACACGCCGUCCGACUGGAGUGGCCGCGGCUCGGCGGAAGGCGAGACGGCUGAGGAUCAGGAGAUCAAGUGGAUCAAUGAGUAUCCCUGCCAUGAACAAGGCGUGAACAGGACCUCGGAAAACCCAGAUGGGGAUGCCUCAUCCUGUCACUCUGUGGAUGUGGGGCUAGACCAGUUUUUAUCAGUCAGUAGGUGUUUUCUUCCAGAGAUGGCCAGUGCAGAUAGUCUGGACCACUUCAAAGAAGAAGGAGGGGGCAAGAGUCUACUAGUAAGAAUUAGAGAAAGGGAGAUAGAGGGGGAAUCUGGAGAUACUCUGUCCGCUCUGGAGCAUCUGCAUGGGGGCCACGCAUGGGACUACCUGGUGGACUGGGAGCCAUGCUUCCAGACCCUGGCGUCGGUUUUCAGGGACAUUGAGAUGCUUCCGAACCAGGAGCUCCAUGGGAGCCGCGAUGACCUGUCACACCCACCUCCGCUCAUAACAUCCGUGGCCCAGCCGGGGUUGCAGACCGUGCCGCCCCGCAAACCCUCCCGGGCACACAGCCUGGGGCGGCGGCCCUCCUACCCUAGGUAUGCCUACCCACCUUUAACCAGGAACACGGGACUCACGCCAACAGCCAUGACUCCUACAUUCUCCCCUUCGCUGUCGUCACUCACUUCCAGGAGCCCCAGCGCGUCUCCAGUCAUAACUGACGGCAGGGUGCGGGGUAUCAGACUAGAAUCAGGGCCCUUCGCCGCAAGCCUUCUGGAGGCAGAAAUCCAAGUAUGA